UAACUGCCUUUCUUCUCCGUAAAGCACCCCCACGACCAGAAGAAGGAGAAUCAGUCGGAGAAGGAAGAUGGUGAACUAUGUGCUGAAAAUCACGGCAGAUCUCGAGAAUCUCACUAAUCUCCAGCCCUCCGGUGGGUGCGACGAUCCCAACUUCCCUUACCUCUUCAAGUUGAAAUGUGAAAGAUGCGGAGAGGUGACGCAGAAGGAAACAUGUGUGACUUUGAAUGAGACAUUCACGCCUCCUGGUGGCAGGGGUUCUUGUCAUCUUGUUCAGAAGUGUAAGUUCUGUGGAAGGGAAGGGAAUGUUACUAUGAUCCCUGGGAAAGGUCGACCUUUAACUCUCGAAGAUUCUGAGGGUGGAGAGCAUGCUCCUCUUAUGGUCUUUGACUGUCGAGGCUAUGAGCCCAUCGAUUUCGGGUUUGGGGGAUUUUGGAAAGCUGAAGCUGAAUCUGGAACUAAGUUUGAUGAGAUUGAUUUGUCGAGCGGAGAGGAGUUCACGGAGUACGAUGAGAAGGGCGAGUGCCCGGUUAUGAUAUCAAACUUCCGUGCAAGCUUCACCGUCACCAAGUAAAGUUCAGGCGUCUCUUGUUCUAUCUUCUGAUUCUCAGGUGUAUGUAAAAACUAUGAAAAGAUUGUUACUCAAGUUCUAAUAAAGUUCCCAUUUUCUGAAAUUUA